AUGGGUGGAACCAAUGACAGCUCCCCAAACCAUUUCAUCCUUGUGGGUUUCUCUGACCAUCCCUGUCUGGAGAGGAUCCUCUUCGUGGCCCUCUUGAUAGCCUACCUCCUCACCCUGCUGGGAAACACCAUGAUCAUCCUGGUGUCCCAGUGGGACCCCCACCUGCACACCCCCAUGUACUUCUUCCUCACCCACCUCUCCUUCCUGGACCUCAGUUUCACCACCAGCUCCAUCCCGCAGCUGCUCUACAACCUUAAUGGACAUGACAAGACCAUCAGCUACGCGGGCUGCACCAUCCAGCUCUUCCUGUUCCUGGGGCUGGGUGGUGUGGAGUGCCUGCUCCUGGCUGUCAUGGCGUAUGACCGGUUUGUUGCCGUCUGCAGGCCCCUACACUACAUGAUUGUUAUGCAUCCACAGCUCUGUUUGGGUUUAGUGUCCCUUGCUUGGGGCUGUGGGGUGGCUAACUCUUUGAUUAUGUCUCCAAUGACCUUGUGGUUACCCCGUUGUGGGUACCACAAGGUGGACCACUUCCUGUGUGAGAUGCCGGCCCUGAUCCGGAUGGCUUGUGUCAACACAGCUGCCAUCGAAGGCAUUGCCUUUAUUCUCGCAGUGGGUAUUGUGCUGUCACCCUUGGUGUUUAUUUUGGUCUCUUAUGGCUACAUUGUGAGGGCUGUGUUAAGUAUUCAGUCCUCCUCAGGAAGGCACAAAGUCUUCAACACCUGUGGCUCCCAUCUCACCGUGGUCUCGCUUUUCUAUGGAAACAUCAUCUACAUGUACAUGCAACCAGGAACCAGCUCGUCCAAGGACCACGGCAAGUUUCUCACCCUCUUUUACAACAUGGUCACCCCUCUGCUGAACCCGCUGAUCUACACCCUCAGAAACAAAGAGGUGAAGGGGGCAUUGAGAAGAUUGAUUCUGGGAAAUCUAACUUUUGGAAAGACAUUAUAA